GCGAGCCCCGGUACACUGAUGCGUGGAUGCUCUGCCGUGUCGGGCUUUCAGUGGUUGAUCAGGCACGCUUGCGAGAGGUCGCUUCGAGAGGUUCCGUGCACAAGCGUGUUACGACGCAGCAGCAAAACCAAUCACACGCCUCCGCCCCCCGCCCCACACGAGACUACUCACUACGGUUGCGUACGGUCACACGUCUAACACAAAUUGCCCGCAUCGACGCUGCCAGUUCGCAUUGGACGGCACGGCAAAACAGACCGACACACAAACGGCAAAAACAGACAGCCAGGUCAAAGUGUCAAGGCUGAAGAUAAGCCUGCCGAGGGCAAGUGUUGAUCUCGCGUCGUUGAAGCUGUGCGGCUCGGUGUGUGAGAGGGUUCUUUCCAGCUUCCCAGCGUCAGGUGAAUAAUUGUGUGAUUCCCCUUGCAACUGAGGUACGUCACAUCGUGCAAAUAUUCUGUUCAGGUUCGACGAGUGUGCGGUGUCGUAUUGGAAUUUCGGCCAGCGGACGUCAAUCAAAAUCACACCGAACAACAACAACAACAACAACAACAGAAACAACAACGCCACAAAAACCCGUUCCAGUGCACGAUCGGGCAUUCACAAGCACACAGCGCGCGAAAAAGGGAAAGUCGCCCGCAAUUGUUUUUCGGAGUGUACCUGUGUCCGUGCGUGUGUGCAUGUGUAGGGCAAGGUCGCCGACGGCACAGCUGAGACGGGUGGCCCAGUAGCAGACAAAAACGCGCGCGGGUAAAACCAGGCCCAAGGUGUUUCUGGCCAGCGAGCGGUUGAAGGUGAUUGGAAUCGCGCGGGAAACCCCCCCCCACCCCCCCCGGAGAGGCCAGACAACAAUCAAAACCGCCACUUCGCGAGCACACCACACCAGUGGAGCUAGUAGCAGCGCUUGCAGUAGAGACUUACAGCAGUCCGAGCACGAUGAGCGGUGUCGACGACAUUCUGACGUACAAGCGAGACUCCAAGGAGGAUCUGUACGCGCUGCUAAACUGCAGCGAAACGUCCACGGUGGACCAAAUCCAGGCCGAGUUUAAAAUACUCGCCUUACAGUAUCACCCGGACAAGAACGAUGGUGACAAGGAGUCCGAGGCCAAGUUUCAGCAGUUAAAGGAGGCGAAGGAGAUCCUGUGCGAUCCGGAGAAGCGGGCGAGCUACGACAAGUGGCGCAACAGCGGCAUCCAGAUCAGCUACAAGAACUGGCUCGGCAUGAAGGAGCACGUCCAGCAGAGCAUGCACUGGGCGAUCCCGAAAACGAAGGACCGGAUGCUGCCGGAGGGCGGCACGGCGGCCGGCAGCACCGGGGCUGGCGCCGCGACCGGCUCUGGCGCAGUCGGAUCCGGGCUGAGCGCGGCCCAGCCCAACCCGGCCCAUCGGCGCGCGUCCGAGGGUGGUGCCGCCCUGUACUAUGGCGGGCGCAAGGGUGAGUGGGGCUCGGAGAACUCGAGCGAAGUCGUGAGCAAGUUCCGCAACUACGAGAUCUAAGCUAAUGGUGGGAGGGAGGAAGAGCGGGACGUUUUUGUGGGUGUGUGGGUAAAUGUGUAUAUGUGUGCCCAUUGAUACUGGUGCAUGUGUGUGUGUAUGUGUGUGUGUGCGUUGGGCGAGGUAGGUGGGCUAUUGUCUUUUAAGAGUCCUUGACAUCCUUGACAGCUUACGGAGAUACCACAGGAGUGACGGACAUGAAUCUUCCUGUAGUAAGAAACCGUGAACCCUAGAACGGCACACACACGCCCACAUAAACACAUAAAGUAUCAUAUCCACCUCUGCUGUUACCUCAAACAGCACCACCCUGCCCAGCAGCAUGGGAUGCGAAUUUAAUGAACUCACGGUUGAAUUGAUAAUUGGAGCAGAUACGUUACCCAGGCAGCACAGCCGUUGUCUGACCGCCAGAGGAUAUGUUUGCGUGUGGGAUGGGUGUGUGUGUGUGUGCUUAUUUUGUGCUACUAGAGAGGGGGUAACCUUUUGUGCUGGCGUGAGUUUAUACUUUCAUCUUCCAUUUCGUCCCGACUCUCAUCUUCGCCCUUUUCAACCUCAGCCACGCUUUUUCACAUGCUCCAAUUGCGCCCUGUAAAUGGUGUGGUGGAUUCAUGCUAUUGUAAUGGGGAUGAUGAGAAUGGACAAAAGCGGUAGGUAGGUUAGUGGAGGAUCUCUCUCUAUUCUAUUCUCUCUCUCACUCACACACAAAAACACACACUUACGCUAGGAUUGAUUAAAGCCGUAUUUAACCGGCUAACGAUAAAUUAAAAUUGAUCGAUUUUUCUGCGCCUGAAAGGAAGCAACCGAACAGGAACAAACGAGCCGACACUAUGGAAUACACAUACACACACACAUACGCUCGCAGUGUGUUGAAUGAAUUGAAUAAUUAAAUGAUUUGCAAAUGAUGAGUGCCCAGGCAGGAGCGGGCAACGAUGACAUUACAAUUAAAAUAGAGAAGAGGCAAAAUCAACACAAGAAAAUUACAAAAAAAAGUAUUGCAUAACAGUGUACAUGUGUAAGAGCAUGCUGGCUAAAAACCCAUUAGUGUGUUUUGGUCCUUUGCUUUCUUCCAUGCAGCCGUUUCCCUGAGUAAAAAGAAGGAAAAAAAGAAAAUGAUAAAUAAAAAAACCUUUUACCUGGCCCCGAACUCUUCCCACCGUUACGUGUGCGCUCACCUUCCCGCUGAUGUGCUCCUGUGUUUCUAAUUGAUGUGUUAUAGUCGUUAAUUGUUGAUGUUGAUGCACACAUAUAUGAAGCAACAGCAAAAAAGAAAAAAAAACACAACAAGAAGUUAAGAAAAACGAGGAAUCGCAAAAGGUGAACGUCCUAGCGACACAAUGAUAUGCAACUGCGCUAGGAAGAGGCAAACAGGGCGACUUUGAGAACUAUUCAAAAAAAGAAAAGCAAAAGAAAACAAACAGUGAUAGACACAUUCGAGAAAGCACACGAAGAAAGUGAAUCGGAAAACCCAACACGAGGCAGAUAAGAACGAAUGCCUAACUGUGCAACUCGGUUAUGAUAAUGAUGUAAGACGACAAAACGAUACGACACAAGAGUAAUGAUUUCCAUAUGACGACGUGCGACGUGUUCGAUCCCAAAAUAACGUGGACAAAAAAAAUAUAAUAAAAGAAAGCAAACAAGAACCGAACACAACAGAGGAAAAGUGUGACUUGAGAGAGGAGGGAAAACAGGGAAACAACAUUGAGGAGGAGUUAGUACUAGUAGUUAAAACACGGUGCCACAAGUAAUCAGAUCAAAUCAGAUGCGCUAACUCUUUGCUGCUCUCUACAAAAUAAAUUAACGUACACGUAUAUACAUAUAUAAAAUAUAUCAAUAUAUUUUAUAGCGAUGCGAUAUUGAAUGCAAUCUUGCAAAAUGGAACUUAAUCUUCUAAAACGUACACAUACGCACAUACGCAAGACAAACACAAGCAACCGAUACGCAAUAAUAGAUUGCAGCAACAGAAACCCAAUGAAAGCAGAAGGCAUAUUUUUGUUACCUACUAUACUAUACUAUAUAUAACUACUUGAUAUGGCACACUUUACCACGUAAGGCACAAAACUGUGUGACGCAAUGUAUUUAAAACUAUUUAAACAAUCAAGCUGUGUAGAUGAUAAUAUACAUACCUAUCUAUAUACAAGUAUUAUAUUUGAUGUUAAACGAUGUAAAUCAUGGGUGAAAGGAAGACUCUCUGGCACUGUCUUCGCUGCCCUCCCUUUCCCCCACAAUCACAAGCGUUUCUGACCUGUCAGUAGAGAUGUUUAAUCCGAGACACAGUCACAACUGUUUUAGUCCGUAAGAAAGUACCUUUUCACCUUGAGUGUACGUUCUAUCCAGCGCAUAGCUGCUGUUCAUGACUAUUGAAGGAAAGAAGAGAGAUAAGCAAAAACAAAAACAAAAUAAAAAAGAUGCAAAGUAUUUAUUACAAAAAAUUAAAAUGUUUAAUACAAACAGCAGAAGAGAGAAUAUAAAGCAUACACAUACAAGUAAAAUUUGAUGAACUUAAAGUUUAAUACCCAAAAUGAAUGUGAUGAAUGCCAAGUAAGGACCCUGUCCUUUUUAGCGCUGGAAUGAACAAAAAACAUUUGACUUGACUGCAUUCGGAAUCGACCUUUAUAGACAAUUUGGAGAUCCCUUUUAUACCCGUUGGCAACCAUACAAAAAUAAGUAAAAAAGAAAAAAAAAGUUUAAUGUUAGUUUCUACACUAUUUUCUGUACUGAGAGGUAUGGCGUUAAAAUUGCACGCUAAUGAAAAAAAAAAAA